AUGCCCGCAAAAAGAAAGACUGGAAAGUCGCAUCACGGCUGUUCCGAGUGCAAGCGGCGCAGCGUCAAGUGUGACGAGAAGCGGCCACAAUGCUCUUCUUGUGAAAACCGCCGGACGGCUUGUCAUUAUGCCACUUCUGGUCCCUUUUUCUGGGUAAACAAUGACAAUAACCAUGGCUCUUCUACACCAGAAAAGCCACCGCAAGAGCAAGAAAUCAACCAAACAAUAACGCAGGGCCCAACACCCAGCAGUCAAUUUAACAUCCCACACCUCAGACUCCUCCUCAAUUGGGCAACAUCAACCUGCCAUUCUAUCGCCCGGGCCCACGCGGACGCCAAGGUCUGGCAGGAUGUCAUCCCCCAGCAGGCCUUAACCUGUCCAUAUCUCCUGCAUGGCAUCUUUGCUGUCUCAGCGCUGCAUAUGGCUCUUUCUUCGCCUUCCACAUCUAACCCCAGAAACAACUCCAACUGUAUUGGAUCUGAACAGCACCAGCAGCGUGAAAAGCAAACCAUGCUCUAA